UGUAAGUCGCCCCUGUAGUCGAGGCCAAAGCGAUCUUGCGCAGGAGCUGCGCGAGCAUUUGGAGCUCGUGCUGGAUGUUGGCUCUCUCCUCGCUCGCGCUCGCUGACCGCAGCCCACUUUUUGGGCACGGAGAGGAGCUCGCGCAGCGUAUCCGCUCUCGCUGCGACCCGAUGCCGUGAAAGGAACGCUUUACGUUGCAUGCGUUACGUUUUACGCACGGCUUUGGCCUCAGCAACACCACCAGAAGCAGAGUUUUUGGGGGUCUUUCGGAUGGGCGCGUGCGGUGAAUAGCAGACGCCUCUUAAGUUCGCCGCUCCUUCCUCGCUUCAAGCAUAAUCCUGCUCGGCGUGGACGAGGCAUCAGUGCGCGUGGGAAAUGUGAAGGAGCUUAAAAAGUAUGGCAUGCAAACAUGGUCUCGGCCAAGAAGGAGACGGUGACUGCGAUGUACCCCGCUUCCAUUUCCACUCUCCUCUACUUGCUCUGCGUGACGGCUUGCAUCAAGAGAAUAUCAGGACAGCUCAAGAAGGAGGAUAGACUGUAUCCGGAGAAUUUCACGCGCAUACUGGACAGACUACUGGACGGCUAUGACAACAGACUUCGACCUGGAUUCGGCGGUCGAGAGACAGAGGUGAAGACUGAUAUCUACGUCACCAGUUUUGGCCCAGUGUCUGAUGUGGAAAUGGAGUACACAAUGGACGUGUUUUUCCGGCAGACGUGGGUUGAUCAGAGGUUGAAGUAUGAGGGGCCGAUCGAGAUAUUGCGGCUGAACAACCUGAUGGUGACUAAAGUGUGGACUCCAGACACCUUCUUCAGGAACGGCAAAAGAUCAGUGGCCCACAACAUGACCGCCCCAAACAAGCUCUUCCGAAUCAUGAAAAAUGGCACCAUUCUCUACACCAUGAGGUUGACGAUAAGUGCAGAGUGUCCAAUGAAGCUUGUGGAUUUUCCCAUGGAUGGCCAUUCCUGUCCACUGAAGUUUGGCAGUUAUGCUUACCCCAAGACUGAGAUGAUCUACACAUGGACCAAAGGACCUAAACACUCAGUGGAAGUCCCUCCUGAAUCCUCCAGCCUUGUGCAGUAUGAUCUGAUUGGACAAACUGUUUCCAGUGAAACCGUCAAGUCCAUCACAGGUGAAUAUGUGGUGAUGACUGUCUACUUUCACUUGAAACGGAAAAUGGGCUACUUCAUGAUUCAGACAUACAUCCCCUGCAUCAUGACAGUAAUCCUUUCCCAAGUGUCCUUCUGGAUAAAUAAGGAAUCCGUGCCCGCCAGAACUGUCUUCGGUAUCACCACAGUUCUCACCAUGACCACUCUGAGCAUCAGUGCCCGCCACUCUCUGCCCAAGGUCUCCUAUGCCACGGCCAUGGACUGGUUCAUCGCUGUGUGCUUUGCUUUUGUCUUCUCUGCCCUGAUCGAGUUUGCAGCUGUGAAUUAUUUCACCAAUGCUCAGGCAGAAAGAGCUAAGAAGAAGCAAGCCAAAGCAGCUGCAGCCGCUGCGGCUGCAUCAGCCACCAAGAGCUCCACACCGUCCAGCAAGGGCAAAGACACUGAGGAGGUUCUGCAGCAAAACUCUGACACUAAUGGCAACCUACGCAAACGCAUGAACUCCACGACUCAGUCUCAGCCUGACUCCAAAGGCAGCCAAAGAACCGAAUCCUCCAGUAAGAGCACUGUUGCUGUGAGCAAACAGCUGCAGACGAGCCAGUUAGCCUCCAGCUCAGGUGGAACAAGCACCUCUGCUAGCCAGUCACGGCUCAACCCCAAAUCCUCCAGCCAAUCCAAUGCAGUUGCCCAAGCUUCAACCUCCAAGACCACACCCCCUGCCCCACCAUCCACACCAACAGUCCCUGGGCGGUCGUCGGGCAGCACACCCACCAGCUCUGCCUCUCUUCACCAUCUUUUAGGGCCAAAGUUGGAGAAUAUACAGAAAAUGGACACCAAGGCCUCACCCAGUCAACCAGCAGCUCCUGCAGCAGGAGGGACCAGCAAGAUUGACAAGUACGCACGCAUCCUUUUCCCAGUGUCUUUUGGGGCUUUUAACAUGGUGUACUGGGUGGUGUACUUAUCCAAAGACACCAUGGAAACAAGAGGAGGCUAACCACAUCAGAUUAGCAAGUGUUUUUUAUAAUACUCCAUCAAAGCCAAACAGCAAAUACAGAGGAUAACAUCUCUCAAAGGAUUGUGACAAGCAUAUUUAAAGCAAUUCCUAGAAAUCUAAUCUUAUUUAAACAAACGGACAAACAAACAGACAAGCACCUCAGAAGAUUAUAUGGAUGAAAUAAUUCUGAAACAUCAUUCUUGGGUCCUGUUUGAGGGUGAGCAUGUGGAUAUAGAAUAAAAACAGCACUAGCAUUCUCUCUGGACCGGAUCUUCGAUUCAUUUGGAGCCUUUUUUCAAGUGGUCAUAAAUUGCAAGGCACAUUAAUUGUAGAACUCACAGCUGCAGGGAUAUUGCCAGUGAAAUUGAAAAAGAAAAAAAUCAUUACCAUUUAGUCUAUUUUUCUAUAGAGACGUUUUCUGAUGAAUCGCUCAGUGCACCACUAAAGAUAAUGUUUUCUGGCAGACUUCCUUUUAAUCACUUUUUGUUUUUUAGUUUGAAUAUUGUUUAUUUGUGUCCAUGUAAGCAACCCAGGCAAUGGAGCGUCUGCUGAAUGAUGAGCUGAGAUUCUCUAGGCUGAGAGUUUGCUCUGUGUGGGCGGACCUCGUGAGCAAGCCUGCUGGACCACCCUGCAGACUGCUGAACAGCAGCAGCAGAUCUGUAUGCAUGUUUUUUUAUUUCUCUGACACAAAAAGAAUUUACAAAAUAAGCUAUUCUAUCUUUAUUUGUCCUUUAAAUAUGGUGAUUUUUUGUCAUUAUGGAAAUUAUUUUUGUUUGUUUGCAUUUUGCAUAGGAACGUUCACCUCCAGAAACUAGAGUCACCCUACAGUAAUCUGCGUUUUGUCAACUCUUACAAACCAUUUCUUACUUAUUGAAUGGCUAUUGUUUUUUUUUUCCAUUCAGUAUUACUUCACUGGAAGUCUGUUAUAUUGAUGAAUGACAAAUGGCAUUAUGAUUGAUUAUGUGAAUAUCAUUACCAUUGUAUGAGCAUCCACAGCACAUAAUGCACUAUAAGGUCAUAACCUUCAUUAUACAUUGAACGCUAAAACCCCUUAUUUUCUUUCAGUUGUGUCUGACUGGUUUGACUUUACAACUUUUGGAUGGGCAUUAUGUCUGAGUGCUCAAUGGGACUGAAUACUGAAUGUUUAAGGACUUUAUAAAUGUUUUAAGGUAUGCCAGUGACCAGCAACAUGUUCACAUUUUCCAGAUUUUUCUUUUCUUCUUCCCUUCUGCACCAACCUCACUCUCUCUCCCUGAUAGUAAAUCUCUAGUGUUCUAGCUCAGUCCAGAUUAAAUGUCAGUCCAGGAAAUAGACUGCUUAAAGGCCUGUGUGUGAGCAAAUGCACUCAUCCACAUUUGCUACAUUUCCACUGCAAGAACCAAAAACCAGCAGGUUUAGCUGGAAAGACUGUUCACAGAAAUUCUAGACCAUUUUUUAACAUAAAAAAGAACCAUCACCAGAGCUCCCUGGCCCUGUUUGACAUGUCAAACAAUAUAGUGUUGGGCAAAGAAGCAAAACUAUAGAAGCUAACAUUGAGAGCUAUACAGUUACACCAGCAUCUUGUACAUUUGCUUCUUCAAAAAUAAUACAGCUGUAGUUUAGAAUCAUCUAUGAAAAUGCAGCACAGUAGCAGGUUACUGGACUCCCAGGUCCUGUGUUGUUUUACCUCUGAAUUUAGACAAUGGAAUUGUGGCUGUUGUGCAUUGAAGGUGAAUGUGAUUGCACCAAUGAAAUCUCUUAAUUGUAACCUUCGUGUACAUGAAAGUGCUGAUAGUGUUCUGGAUAUCAGACUGUCUGCAUUUAAGAUGAGUUGGAAGACCAGGCCCACUGUGAUAAGAUAGCACUGAAGGAACUUGAAAGAGGAUUUCUCAGACUACUUAACAUUAUCCAAAACUGGGGACUGUCCAGUACAUACAUUCCCAAUAUCUCCUCAUAUUGGACAGGCUGGGCUUGGGCUUGAGUUAUCUGGCUAACUGAGAAAUCUUGCUUUGUGUUGAAACAUAGGCUAAAUAUACCAGGCUGCCACUUCAUUAAGUACACCUCUUUGUUUCUACUCUCUUUGUCCAGUGCAUGUAUGAGCACUUCAUAGUUCAAUUACUACAGUUCAAUUAGUACAAUUACUGUAAUUCAUCUGUUUCUCUGCAUAAUUUGUAAGCCCCUCUUUCAACUUGUUCUUCAAUGGUCAGGAUGCCUGCAGGCACAUCCUGGAGCAGGUAUUUUUUGGGUGGUGUAUCAUUCUCAGCAAUGCGGUAACACUGCUGUGGUGUUGCGUUAGUGUGUGUUGCACUGGUAUAAGUAGAUCCAACACAGCAGCGAUUAAAGAACUACAAAGCACAUCUAUCUGGUAAUGGACCUGAGAAAAUGGACAUUGAGUAUACAUACAAGGAAGUGUACUUAAUGACGUGGUCAGACAGUGUGUAUUAGUGUUUACUAAGUUAUGCUUUACGCUUUACUUUAAACAGGUUGUAGCUUCUACCUGCUUAGGAAUCAGUGGGAAUAUUUAGUAAAAAGUAGUUUGCCUGGUGCAACCAAUUUCUGAUUUUGUAAUGGCUGAAGCUUAAGUCACGUUAUACCUAGCCUAGGUGCUGCUGCACGAAACCUGGGCUAAACAAAUAUUGGAUUUUCCAGCUUUGGUUUAGUCUGGCAGAGAACUUUCUCCUAGACAAACACUCAGCAUUGGUCUCCAACAACCUACAGUAGGAGAAGAUGAGAAUUAAAUAGAUGCAAAAAGAAUAAGAUACAGGUGUUAAGCAUCAGCUACUCAGCCUCUUCAUUUCUAUUGCACACUAGACCUGCUACACCCACCGCACACCUCCAGAUCCAUGACCUACAGUAGACCUGUUCUCAUCAAUACAAACAUCCUCCUCUCCUCAUCCCUUUACCCGUUAAUUAUGCCCUUAUCGAUCUCCAGGCCAUUAACUAGUCAGCAGGCCAUCAUGCAGACAGCAAUUCGUCUAAAACACAAAUGCUUUGCUGUUCCUAUUCCAAACCAUCAUCAGUGUAUCAAGACAUGAAUCUGUAUGGACGAUCUUUCCGCCUUUCAUUUUAAUUACUGAGAAGAGGACGAAUGAUUCCCUCAGUGGUGUUGCCUUUACUUUUCUGUUUCUGUUUUUCUCUAUUUGAGGCGCUGACCUAAAGGCUAAGCGUUAAGUGGGUAUUUAGUAGCGGAGGGUCCCUGAGGGUAUGGCCCAACAUUCCAGGCGCUUACUUCUACUCGGAAAGUGUCACUUAAACAAGGCACCAGGAGGCUUAUUACAUUUCUCUCCCUCUGCCUCUGCUUUCCCCCUGUCUCUUCAUUUGUCUUUCUACUGCCCUCCCCUCUCUCUCUCCCUCUCUCUCUCCUUUAAGUGUGCAUGUAAACAGUGGACAUUUUUUGUGUAGUUUAUGGACAAGGCUAUCAGUGGACUGAUGGAGCAAUCAACAAUGUCUGCCAUUUCUGGCUUCCCCGGAAACGCAUGAAUGUGAAAUUGACUUCAUGCCCUUACCAUCACCCCUCCUAAAACCUCUCUCGAACACACACACACACACGCACACUUUAAACGCUCAUUAACCUGCCAGCUUCAGGGUGGGCUGCUUCCUCCCUCUGUUUCCCCCUUUGUGCCUGAGCAGCAGAGGCUAGUAUGCAUCAGAGUGAAAGUGUCACAGAUGAAGGUUAGAUAAGGACAAGGACUUUGCUGCUGUUCUAGGGGUGGGCGAUCCAGCACUAUAUCACAGUAAACUUUUCAGAGAAUAUUGUGGAUAUCAUUAGGACUUAAAGACCACUGAUAUAAUUUUAUUAAAGGAGAUUUGGAUUGAGAUCUUGUGCAUUUACAUUUAUUGCAUUUAGCAGGUGUUUAUGGCAUGUAGCAAAGCUAUUUAAAGCUGCACUAUAACACAAUAAAAUGGAAAGAACUACCAUAAGUCAGAAAUGGAAAAAUGCACUAAAUUAUGCUGCCCAUGUGCUGCUGUGAGUUACCUGAAAUAAUCAUUUAAAAAGAGGCAUCAGAGUUUUUCAGACCACAUCUUGUGUUUACUUAGUAACAUCAUGCACACACAGGCUCAAAAAGAAGGUCAAGCUGGAUUUUUAGGUCUCAAAAGUAAAACAUAUCCUUCAUUAAGUUUCAAGUUUUGACUGAGUUGUCUUUGAAUACUCUUUCAACACACUUGCCAUCAUCAUAUUCAUCCACUCGGUGAAGGAGUCUGAGGCGAAACCAACAUUACAAUAUGUUCUUCUGUAUGUUAUGUGCAAUUACACAUUUUCACCAGAGAGGUCUCUAAAUCCUCAAAACUUAUAUAGUGUAGCUUUAUGUCUUUGGUCUAUUGUAGGAAGAUCAUGAAUUAGAGCACAAUCGGCCCUGUGUAAUUUGGUGUGAAAUGUUGAAUUAAAAAAUGUUCUCAUAGUUUUUAACAGCAUUAUUAUUGGGGGAUUUUUGCUUCCCAAUUUAGUUCUGUCCAAUCUACUAGCUAGGUCUCCCUCUAUCACAUGAUGCUACCAAGCUUGGUGGGUGAAAGGUACCACAUGCUUCCUCCAAGUCACAUGAUAUCUCAUAUCUUUUCAAACUUUCAUUUACACAAUGAUGACAUGGGAAGCUCAACACAUUUGGAGAUGAACACUAACUGCCAGUUGUGCUAUAUUUGGUAACAGAUAUCUGCAUUGGUUAUUGAUGAUGGACGGGAUAGAGCCAUUGUACCCUCUGUAGAGAGUGAUGCCAGGUAUGCUGUCCUGGACUUCUGGCCACAGGACUUCUGUGGCAUUGCUGGAGCCUGAACGUGCAAUCACUUAGACCAGGUAUAUGAUGACCUAUCUGCAAAGUACCAGUGCUGUUUUCAUUUCAAGAAAUCAGGAGCACACAUGAUCAAUUGUUUGAAAACUGAAAUUAAAAAAACACAAUCAGUUGUGCUCCUCCGUGUUUGCAAUGAAGAUGUGAAGCCACACCCAUUUUUUGCAGAUAAGAUUGGACACCUCUGGCUUAGAAGGAUUUGAACAAACAAGGUCAUUUUUAAAAAUAUGGCAGUACUGGUCCUUUCCAUUUGUGGAAGUGGAAACCUUUGCUAUUUUAUAUUUUAGCCAUAUUACCCACCCUGAGCUUGCUUAUAGGCUAAGAUCCACUAGACUGAAGAACACUGAAAGUGUAGAAACACAGGUGACCUUGACUAACAGUGUUUUAGGCCUGAAGGUAGGUUUCUUCACCCUUAGCUUCUUCAAUUUGCACUUCAACCACAGAGAAGAGUGGAUGGUUGAGUGUAAUGCAGUCCAAAAUGCCUGAUAUUAUACUAUAAUAUUAUCUCAUCAAAAGCAAAGGACACAUCUGUGUCCUAGCAAGAUAAGCCACUUGAAUAUGUUUGCUCUUGUGUUUUGCUUUAUUUUUAGCUGCUUUUAUUUAUUUUUUUCCCUUUUCUUUCUUUUUUCACCACAAAUGUCACUGCCCUGUUUGUAUUACAGCUGAUUGAAUUGAAGUCUCCGCAGGCUCACUCAUGGAUAGUUGACAGCUUCUAUUACAGUUCCACCACUGCCACUGGAAAAGCAGAGGACAGAAAGGGCCUUCCUUUCUUCACACAGGCACUGGCAAGAUGGAAAACAUGUUUAGUGCACCCUGCAGAGUGUAUUUUGUUCUCCACACGAAGAACAAAUAUCCAUAAUCUCCCACUGGACCGCACCCAAAAAGGAGGAGGAAGAAUAAACAACCAAGGGAAAGAGAAAGUGAGCUGGGCUUAACAGUUUUCUCGAGGACUUUCUGACCCUCUACACGAGGUCAAAUGAUGACCAAGACGAAUAAUCGAGCAGCUUCCUGUAUAUAGUUGUACUAAUAACCGAAUGUCUUUGUAAAAACGAAAAUUAAAUCAUAUACAUUUUGUGUUUUGUA